UUUUCAAAAUUUGCACUCUUUCUUUGACCCCACAUAUAUACUUCUAUACCCAUAACCCCUAACAAAUAACCCCAUCAUAAAACCUGCACUUCUCUAUCUCUCAAACCCCAUCACCUUACGUAAUUUUCUCAUUAAAGCUUUUGUUGCGAAGAAAAAUUCAACAAAAUAACUCAGAAAAUAUUUUGUAAAAUGGGAAACAGUUUGGGAGGAAAAAAGAGUGCGAAAGUGAUGAAAAUCAAUGGCGAAACUUUCAAGUUAAAGACUCCUGUUCGUGCCGGGUCGGUGGUGGAGAGCCAUCCGGGUCAUGUUUUGCUGGAGUCGGAGGCGGUGAAGCAUUAUGGAGUGCGAGCCAAGCCGUUGGAGCCGCAGCAGGAGCUGAAGCCCAAACGGCUCUAUUUCCUCGUCGAACUGCCCAAGUUCCCGGAAGAGAAGGGAGCCAGGAGGGUGCGAUCGGGAAUCCAAAUGAGCGCAAAGGACCGACUCGAGAGCCUGAUGCUGGCGCGGCGGUCGGCUUCGGAUUUGUCCAUCAUGAAGCCGGCGAGCAUGGCGUCGGAGGAGGAGAAGAAAGGGGGUUCAGAAGGAGGAGGUGGAGGAGUAAGAGUGAGGAUGAGGCUGCCGAAGGCGGAGGUGGAGAGGUUGAUGGCGGAUAGCAAGGAUGGAGCUGAGGUGGCGGAAAAAAUUGUGAGCCUUUGCAUGAAAAAAGGCGGCGGGGAAGCGGCGGCGCCGAACGUGCAUAUGCAUUGGAAGGGUGAUAAUGGUGUGGACUUCAAACGAGGCAUCAAGCCCCGUGAGAAGCGAGUUGGUUUCCGACCAAUUACAGAAGGGGAGAUCCAGGUAGCUGUGGCUUCAUAGCACCACAGACCUCUCAUCUCAUGUCAUAAACCAAGUUCAAGUGAUAGAAACGCU